UGUACUAAUAAAUCGGUUUUUGAUUUUGGUUGUGGUACUGGUGUAUUAGCUAUUUUUGCGAAGCUCAAAGGAGCGUCAAAAGUUAUAGGAAUAGACAAUGAUGCUUGGUCUGUAGAAAAUGCCAUAGAAAAUUGUCAGAAAAAUAAUUGCAACGAUAUUCAAAUUUCUAUAGACGACAUUUCAACGUUCAAUGAAAAAUUUGAUGUGAUUGAAGCUAAUAUUAACCUCAACAUUUUGCUUCUUUACAUGAAAAAUUUACAAGAUUUACUAUCACCGAAUGGCGAUUUAUUUUUAAGUGGAAUAUUAAUUGAUGACAUUAAAACCAUUGAAAACGCACUUAUUCCAUUAAAUAUGUAUGUUGUUUCUAGCAAACAAAAGAAAACAUGGGCAUCUUUACAUAUAAAAAAUCGUUCAAUUCCUACUGCUGUUUGGGUGAGCAAAUACUUUUUCAAUAUCGAUAUCAGAGAUUAUGGCAGUGGAAACGCUGGUGCUACCAACACAUUGAGAGUAUUAGGUUCAAAAGCAGGAGCUUUUGUUUUUGCAAUAGAUAUGAUCAAAGGAUUUAUUGCUGUCGAUUUAGCUUAUUUUAUUGCACGUUACCAAAUGAGCAAUGUUGAGUUGACCAAUUUUCAAGUUAUUUUAGGCAUUGCAGCUGUGGUUGGACAUAUUUUUCCUAUUUGGGCAAAUUUUAAAGGAGGAAAAGGUAUAGCAACCUUAUUCGGAAUGAUUUUGGCUAUUCAACCCAUGGUAGCAGGCAGUUUGGUAAUCGUAUUUUUUGCGAUGUUGUUUUUAACACGUUAUGUUUCAUUAAGUUCAAUAUCUGCUAGUAUUGCCUUUCCUGUUUUGAUAUUUUUCAUAUUUCGUGAGCCAGAAAUUAUGUAUCGAUUGUUUGCACUAGCAACAGCUAUUUUAGUGGUAUUAACGCAUCACAAAAACAUCAAUCGAUUAUUAGCUGGCAACGAA